AGCCUCGUCAACCCAUCCGUCUGCGCCGAAACCCCUACCUCUCCAAUCUGAGAUCCCCACACGAGCGCGACCCGAAGCCGAAACCCUAGAGUAGAGCAGGGGCGGCGGCCAUGGCCAUCAUCUCGGACAUCCAGGAGGAGGAGGCGCCGCCGCAGCAGCCGCAGGCGGCCCCGGCCCCGGCGGCGGUCGACGUGGACCUGGAGGUCCUCGAGGCGGUGCUCGAGCGCAAGGGCGGCGCGCUCCCGUUCCUCCACGCGGCCAUCGACGUCGCGCACCGCCGCUCCGACCUCUUCCGCGACCCCUCCGCGGUUGGCAAGGUCACCGCGAUGGCCUCCGCGUGCAGGGCGCAGGUGGAGGCGGAGGAGAGGAAGGCCAGGGACGCCAAGAGGAAGGCGGCGGAGCUGGAGAAGGCCGCGGCGGCCGAGAAGGAGAGGGUGGUCAAGGCCGCGGCCGAGAAGGAGAAGCGGGAGAGCUCGGUGGUGACGGAGGAGCGCGGUGCAGGGAGCUCGGCGGAGAAGGAUGCCAGCACUGAGGUGGAGAAGAAGGAGGGCAAGGCGAACAAACCAAAUGCUGGCAAUGGUCUUGAUAUGGAGAAGUAUUCCUGGACUCAGCAGUUACCAGAGGUUAAUGUUAAUGUUCCUGUUCCUGAAGGAACAAAGUCAAGGUUUGUUGUCUGUGAGAUUAAGAAGGAUCAUCUGAAGGUUGGGCUGAAGGGCCAGCCUCCUAUCAUUGAUGGUGAGCUUCACAAACCAGUUAAAGUUGAUGACUGCUUCUGGAGCAUAGAGGAUGGGAAAGCACUGUCUAUACUGCUUACAAAGCACAAUCAAAUGGAAUGGUGGAAAUCUGUGAUCAAAGGCGACCCUGAAGUUGACACCCAGAAGGUGGAACCAGAGACUAGCAAGCUUUCUGAUCUGGAUCCUGAGACUAGGCAAACUGUGGAGAAGAUGAUGUUUGACCAGCGCCAGAAGCAGAUGGGCCUGCCAACAAGUGAUGAAAUGCAGAAGCAGGACAUGCUCAAGAAGUUCAUGUCUCAGCACCCGGAGAUGGACUUCUCAAGGGCGAAGAUAGCUUGAGAUUGGUUGGAUUCAAGGGGACGCAGAAGUUUUUGAUGGAGAAAUUGCAUCUAUCCUUGUUCUUUUCAGUUUGGGUGUCUUGUGGUUAAUUGUCUGGUUAAGGUCGCGAAGGACAUGGUUUUCGUGAUGCUUUGGAAAUAUGAGUGAACAAUGUUUUCUGUUGUUGGAACUGAUCGAUUGCCCAAUUUUCUGAAGUUUGUGUAUCGUUCAUGUGCUGUGUGCUUGACUUA